AUAGUUAGAACAAUAAUAUUGUUGUGAACCAUCGAUAUAUAGGUGAUCUGUGUUUGUGUUAUUGCUUUGUUUAGAAAAUGGCGUCAUCUAUAUAUUAUGAGACUUGAUUCGAAUAAUUUAAUAAAUAUAUAGUUGUAACUUUGUUUUUGGGUUAUAUUCAAUUUUAUGUUCGUUUGAAACAAAAUCAUACAUAUUUAAAAGAAACUUUAAGCAGUUAUUUAUAAUAUUUGCAAAUAAAUACAUGACUUUUUUAUGUAAUUCUAUACGAUAAAUGGCAUUCUGGCAGAUAAUGUACUUUGUUAUCAUCUUUAUUAAUGCACUUUGUUUUGUAAAUAAGAGAUAUAAUAAUAAUAAGGUGGUAUUCAUAUAUACACUAUGAAUUUCUUUGUGGUGAUUCUUUUUAGAUGAUAUAAAUAUCGAUGUUCACGAAGUGUUAAUUUAUUCGUUGUUUCAAAUAAGAAAAUAACGUAAAUCUUAUAUUUAUAAAUUUAAAAAAAGUGCGCCACUGUUAAUAUCAAUAUUAUAUCUAUAAUAUGAAACUAAAUUAUGAACUUUGAUUCUUACAUAUAACUUGGAUAAGAACAGAUAAAACCUUUUUAAAUUGAAUACAAUCCGAACAGAAUACUCUGUAUGUCCUCUCCCUGCAGACAAGUUUUUCAAUAAUAUUAACCAACAGUGAAUUGGGAAUAUUUUAAUAAGUAAAAAUACAAAAAUGAGUAGUCCUUUCAGUCUCAAUAAGAGUCCUUUGGAUGAAGAAACGCGACAAAUAGCGUUAAAUGAACUUCGGGAGACACCCGAAAAUGUGGCAAAUGGGUUGGCAGAGCUGCGAGAACUUUUGGCCAAUGACAGCUCGAUUUAUUUUAAAGAUACCGACGAAUAUUUAACUAUAUUUCUAAGACCCUGUAAAUGGUAUGCCAAAAGUGCUUACGAACUGAUGAAAAGAAUAACAGAUUUUAAAGAAAAAAACAAAGGUACUCUAAAUAAUCUGAUGCCCGAAGAUGAAAAAGAAGCCAUUACUGAGCACAACGUUGUUAAUAUAUUAACAAACUUGGAUCAUAAAGGAAGAAGAGUACUUUUAGUACACGCUGGAGAAACUUGGGAUCCUUCAAAAGUGACAUCCGACCAAAUUUUCCGUAUAUUUUAUUUGAUCCACGAGGUGGCAGUACUAGAACUGCAAACCCAAGUUAGAGGUGUGGUAGUUAUUAUGGAUUAUAACGGAAUGGGUAUGAAACAAGUUCGUGGUCUAGGACCCUCCUUCGCUCUUCUUCUACUCAGCUUCAUACAGGACGCCAUGCCUUUGAGACUCAAAGAAGUCCACAUGGUCAGAGAACCUUUCGUGUUCAAUAUGGUGUGGACCUUAUUCAAACCUUUGCUGAGGGCUAAACUUAACAAAAGGAUUUUCUUCCACGGUAAAAAGAUGUCUUCUCUCCAUAAAUAUUUAGCUCCUUCCCACCUUCCCAAAAAUUACGACGGGUUGUUACCGGAAAUCAACUAUUCCGGAAAAGAGUGGUUUCCAGUUUUGAAAGAACACGAAGAACAUAUAAAAUUGAUGAACUCUUUUGGGAAACGAGACAAAUGAAAAUGCAAUGAAAAUACAAAAAAAUUAUUAUUUUGAAAUAGAAUUAAAUCGUAAAAUUCGUAUUCCAUACCACACAUUCCAAAAAAAAUUAAUUUUUAAUAGCCGGAACUACCAAUAUGACAGAUGACUUGCUAUAAUUGAAUCAUCAACAAUUCAUUUUUAGGGUUAAGUUUGUUAUGAUUAAUCACGAAAUUAAAUUUGUAACUACUUUUACCAGUUGUAUUUCUUUUUACAGAAAAAAAAAACAAUAUUUUUUGUGCAAUUUUUUCCAGACCUUGUAUAUAGCUUUUUUAUAAAGUGUGUUAAUAAAAUUAAAGCAGUAUUUA